CCUCCUCCCUCGUAUCAAUAUCUUCACCCUUUUCGCCGGGCUUCAAUACACGAGGUCCGCCGGCGUCCAGCCAAAUCCGACGUCAGCAUGGACACACAUGCCGGCGAACCCACCCUGAAACCAUACCAUCGUCACCACCAUGAUCAUCAUGAUUUACAGCCUCCGACGUCUGUAAAGGCAUCGGAUGCACUCCCAUUACCUCUUUACUUAACAAAUGGUUUGUUCUUCGGGCUGUUUUUCUCUGUAGCCUACUUCCUUCUCCAUCGUUGGCGCGAAAAGAUCCGGAACUCCACUCCCCUUCAUAUCAUCACUUUCCCUGAAAUCGCUGGGAUAGUAUGUUUGGCUGCUUCGUUUAUUUAUCUUCUUGGUUUCUUUGGGAUUGGAGUUGUUCAAUCUUUUAUCUCUCGAGGGUCCAAUGAUUCUUGGGAUGUUGAGGAAGAUAAUAAUGUUAUGAUCAAGAAAAAUGGUGGCGGUUGCACUCCUGCAGAAUCACUUGCAUGCACUCUUGCCCCUGUUUCGAGGGAAAGAGUUGUUGCACCAACGAUUCAAGAACCAUUUUUAUCAGAUGACGACGAGGAGGUUAUCAAAGGAGUGGUAUCUGGGACUAUUCCUUCGUAUUCUCUUGAAUCAAAGCUUGGAGAUUGCAAAAGGGCAGCUGCUAUUCGGCGUGAAGCGCUUCAGAGGAUGACAGGGAGGUCUAUGGAGGGAUUGCCAUUAGAAGGUUUUGAUUAUGAGUCAAUAUUGGGGCAGUGCUGUGAGAUGCCCGUUGGGUUUGUGCAGAUUCCUGUGGGAAUUGCUGGGCCAUUGUUGCUUAAUGGGACGGAGUAUAUGGUCCCAAUGGCUACGACUGAGGGGUGCUUGGUGGCCUCUACAAAUAGAGGGUGCAAGGCUAUUUAUAUAUCGGGUGGAGCUAGUUCUAUGUUGCUUAAAGAUGCCAUGACUAGAGCUCCUGUUGUCAGGUUGGGGACUGCAAAAAGGGCUGCUGAGUUGAAGUUCUUUGUUGAGGAUCCUGCUAAUUUCGACACUCUUUCUGUUGCUUUCAACAGGUCAAGCAGAUUUGGAAGGCUACAAAACAUUAAAUGUGCAGUGGCAGGAAAGAAUUUGUACAUGAGGUUUAGUUGCAGCACAGGUGAUGCUAUGGGAAUGAACAUGGUCUCCAAAGGAGUCCAAAAUGUUCUUGAUUAUCUUCAAACAGAUUUUCCUGACAUGGACAUCAUUGGCAUCUCUGGCAACUUCUGUUCAGACAAGAAACCUGCAGCUGUAAAUUGGAUUGAAGGGCGUGGAAAGUCAGUUGUAUGUGAGGCAAUCAUAAAGGAAGAGGUGGUUCAGAAGGUACUGAAGACCAAUAUAGAUACCUUGGUGGAGCUUAACAUGCUUAAGAACCUUGCAGGUUCAGCUAUGGCUGGUGCUCUUGGUGGGUUUAAUGCCCAUGCCAGCAAUAUUGUCACUGCAGUCUAUAUAGCUACAGGACAGGAUCCUGCUCAGAAUGUUGAGAGCUCUCACUGCAUUACCAUGAUGGAAGCUGUUAAUAAUGGAAAGGACCUUCAUAUCUCAGUCACCAUGCCUUCCAUUGAGGUGGGCACAGUUGGAGGUGGCACCCAACUAGCAUCUCAGUCAGCUUGCUUGAACCUGCUUGGAGUAAAGGGUGCAAGCAAAGAUUCUCCAGGAUCAAACUCAAGACUCCUGGCUGCUAUCGUUGCUGGUUCUGUUUUGGCAGGAGAGCUGUCCCUCAUGUCUGCAAUUGCAGCUGGUCAGCUUGUAAAGAGCCACAUGAAAUACAACAGAUCAAGCAAAGAUGUGUCAAAGAUAGCUUCCUAAAAUAUUUUAAUUGACAAGAUAUCUUACAAUGAAGAAGCAAAAAUAUAUCUUCAGUAAGAAAGUGGGAAAUAUAAAAAAUCUAGAAAAUUGCUGGCGAGUGUGUUGAGGGGACAAACAAGUAGAUGGCCAUGUGGAGCAACUAGUUAAUAAACAAGGCCAGUUCACAUGGCUGGAAUCAUGUGACUCUGGUAGGUCUCUUUCCAAGAUUUACCAGGAUGCUUCCAUUUAUGAGUUUUUUUAAAGGGAUAGUGGACCCAUGAUCUGUUGUUUUCACCUGUCCCUUGCAUGAUAUGCCAAUUGUCGAGGCUCUCUGGGCCAAACUGUGGUCUCCUAAAGUUAAUCUUUCUUGUUAAUUGUACUUUGGAUCUGGAUUAACUUCAGGUGAGAGCAUCUCUUAAUGAGAUUUAGAUCUGUUUCAAUUGCC